GGUUUAUUAGUACUUUUCUUUUUCUCUGUUUUCUCUUCCACGAUAAGCAGCAGCGUCACCACUACACCAGACACCACUAACAACAGCUACGCUCCUCCAGUCAACGGCAGCAAAAAGGAAGGACAUGUUGUUGCAAAACGCCAUAGUCUUAGCUCGGACAAUCAUGACGUUAUCGCCGAACGACAUCCUCUUCGAACCGGACGACAUCCCCUUCGGCUCCGUUAAGUGGUUCGUCUAUGCGGGAUUCUCCUGCUUGCUUGUGCUCUUCGCCGGGAUAAUGUCGGGCCUUACCUUGGGCUUGAUGUCCAUGAGUCUCGUUGAGCUCGAAAUUCUACAGAGAAGCGGCACUAUUACUGAGAAGAAACAAGCUGCUACUAUCUUACCAGUUGUUAAAAGGCAGCAUCAGCUUCUUGUGACUUUGCUUCUGUGUAAUGCAUGUGCCAUGGAGGCCCUUCCUAUAUCCCUUGAUAAAAUUUUUCACCCCUUUGUUGCAGUGUUGCUGUCUGUCACUUUUGUUCUGGCUUUUGGAGAGAUUAUUCCACAAGCAAUAUGUUCAAGAUAUGGACUUUCUGUUGGUGCAAAUUUUGUGUGGCUGGUGCGCAUUUUGAUGAUCAUUUGUUAUCCAAUUGCUUACCCUAUUGGAAAGGUUCUGGAUGCUGUAAUUGGCCACGGUGAUGCUUUGUUUAGACGGGCUCAGUUGAAAGCCCUUGUCUCUAUCCACGGCCAAGAGGCUGGAAAGGGUGGUGAACUAACACAUGACGAGACAACCAUCAUUAGUGGUGCGCUAGAUUUAACUGAAAAGACUGCAGAGGAGGCUAUGACACCAAUUGAGUCGACAUUUUCCUUGGAUGUCAAUUCGAAAUUGGAUUGGGAAGCAGUUGGAAAAAUUCUUGCACGUGGUCAUAGUCGUAUCCCGGUCUAUGCUGGGAAUCCGAAAAACAUCAUUGGGCUGUUACUGGUGAAAAGUCUUCUCACUGUAAGAGCAGAGACAGAGACUCCAGUCAGUGCUGUUUCCAUCCGAAGGAUUCCUAGGGUUCCAGCACACAUGCCUUUGUAUGAUAUCCUCAAUGAAUUUCAAAAGGGAAGCAGUCAUAUGGCAGCUGUAGUGAAGGUCAAAGAAAAGACCAAAGACCCUGAGUUCUUUGAUGAUGGAGAGAAAUUUGACGAGCAUAGAGUUACCAAUGGGAAUUCUCAACUAACCACCCCUUUGCUGACCAAAUAUGACACUAAAGUAGAUAGUGUUGCUGUUGAUGUUGAGAAACCUUCAAGGCCUAUCACUGUGAAGAAAACUCUUCAAGAAAAUGGUGUCACAGCAAAUACCUUGCAUCAUUUUACAGAGGAUAUUGAAGAUGGGGAAGUCAUUGGUAUCAUUACCCUAGAAGAUGUUUUUGAAGAACUUCUCCAAGAGGAAAUUGUAGAUGAGACUGAUGUAUAUGUUGAUGUACAUAAAAGGAUACGUGUGGCUGCUGCUGCGGCUGCUUCAUCUGUGGCCCGAGCUCCAUCCAGUCGUAGAUUGAUUGGCCAAAAGCCUUCAGGUGUUCAAAGUAAGCAAGGACAGAUGACAAAGAAGUCUGUGGAGGAUGAUUAGCAAACAGGGAGAUCUCCUCUUCCAGGCAGUAUCUAAUGACAUUAGCUGGGCAAAAUAGAAUCGAAGUGAUGCGUUUUUCUCUCUUGCCAUCUGUUGUAAAUUCUCAAACUAGGUUGGUUAAAUCGCAGCUCAUGUGUGUGGUUCAGACUGAGAAAACAAGGCAUGGUUACUGUACAAGAAAAUUAGGGAAAAAUUUUGUUUUUGGUAGUAGUUACUAGUUCUACUAGAAAACUAGCUAUUUCUAGGUAUGAAUCCUAAAUAUGGCUUGUAGGGAGUGGAGUUUGCUAGGAUCAUUUUGUUUGGAGCAAGGUGCUGAAAACACAAGUAGUUUUUAAUUGCUACCAACCGUGGCUAUCAAUUAGGACAUAAGCAAUGUGAUUAGAGACAAAAAUAUGCUUUUUAUGAUAAGGAUUGAAAGCUGUCAGAUUACUCCA